CGGAAAAGACUGCAUACCUUCAAGCUUCAUCCCGAUUUCAAAAGGAAAAAACAAAAACCUUCAUCCCGGGCUAGCCCAAGGCUAUCAUCCUGCCACAACUCCAUCCCCGUUGUCUCCCAUUGCCUGGCUUGGUUGUUCUGAAGUGUGCCACUCUUGCGCCCCGUCUCCGUUCAUUCAGAUUCGCGCGUCUUCGUCUCUUCGCUCUCUCCAGCCGCGCCGUACACCGGCAAGCCGCCAUGUACAAUACACAUUCUUUGUGCGGACGGCCAACAGCACGGGAGGAAAGCACAGAUCAAUAUCGUCACCUAACUGAACAAACCGGUGCUGUACCAACGGAUCCUUCUCAACGCAAACGUUACCGUGAUCGGGUUAGGUAUAUGCAGAUGACGCCACAACAGAGAGAAGCUUAUUUGAAAAGGAAUCAUGAGUCCAAACGAAUCAAGCGAGGUGACAGUGCAAUUAGUAAGACUGUGCAACCCGUAAGAGGGGAGACCAAUAUGAGUACCAAUGAUAACACACACUUGCCAACUGAAUCUUCUACGACGCCAGAAGGGAAAGAAGUAGCCGUGACUAUGUUACAAGAACAAGAAAGCCUUCCAUUUUCAGGUUCUAUGACACACAGUUCAGGGGUCCAUCAAAGUAGGUGUCUGACAAAAAGGAAACGAGUGACAACAGUCGAUAGUUAUGAUGUGUCUGCAUCUGACCAAAGCGUCCUUGUUCAGCCAAACAUGUGCCACCCAAAAAAGGGUACUCGGCUGAAGAUCAGUCCAUCUGGAAUUUCUGUAUCUCCUAUUGCUUCGGAAGGCCAAGCUGUAAUUGAUGCGCAAAAAAAUAACAGUGGAUGUAAGCGGCGACACGGCACUAGCUGGUAUUCCCAAUUGGCACCUGAACAAAAAGAAGCAUAUUUACAAAGAGGCCGUGAGUAUAAAAGAAGAAGAAAGUCUCAAGACGCAAGUUGCAGCCAUGCACAAGAUACAUCUGAUGGGGCAAUCAGUAGUAAUUUACAAAAUACAGUUGGAUAUACUCAUGUGCAACUACAAGGUCAUACCAGCCGUCAACAUGAAGAUCUCAUCUACCUGCCAAAGGAUUCUUUUCCUGCCAUUCAAGAUAACAUUGGGGAAACAGGAGAAAUGCUUGGAUAUAAUGAUGACUCUGAUGAAGAAAUUCGUAUGUUUAGUGGGCAUGGUUUUGAAUUUCAGUCGUAUUUAGAAAAUAAUAAUGCCCAAAGUUGCAUUCAGGCAGAUCCAUAUGAUCAUAUAUAUCAAAAUUUACCCACUGAUUAUCAUCUUCUAGAUCCAGUUCCUGACUGUAGGCAUUGCAAUGCAAAAAGGUUCCAGUAUGAGAAACCAACGUUUUGUUGCAUGGGUGGAAAAGUUAAAAUAGUAACUCCACCAGUCCCUGAUGAAUUACGUCGACUGUACAGCAGCUAAGAUCCAGAUGCGAAGUAUUUCCGGGAUAACAUACGUUACUUCAAUUCUCACUUCUCCUUUACAUCUCUUGGUGUUGUCUUGGAUCAAUGUUUUUGCAAUAACAGAUCUGGAGUUUACACAUUCCGCGCACAAGGUCAAAUUUAUCAUCGAAUUGACCAAUUAGUGCCAAAGGAUGAUGGGCCCAAGCAUCUACAACUGUACUUUUAUGACACUGAUGCAGAUUUACAGCAAAGAUUUCGUCAUUCACCUAACCUUGAUAAAGAUCUCAUCAGAAAAUUGUUGGGCAUACUCUCAUCUAAUCCUUAUGUCCAUAUCUUUAGAAGUCUCGGCUCCAUUCCAAACCUUUGCGAGUAUAGGAUUGAGCUCAACACAAAUAUUGCUUUAGACCAGAGAGUAUAUAAUGCUCCGACAGCAUCACAGGUGGCAGCAAUUUGGGUCGAGGGAAGCGAUCCUCGAGGUCAUUUUGAUAGAAGUAUCAUGAUUUAUGGUGUAUCAGACCGUCCACAAUAUAUAAAAGCAUAUCAUGGUUGCUAUGAUCCACUAUCAUAUCCGUUGUUUUUCCCAAACGGAGAGGUCGGAUGGAACUUGGAUCUGCCCAGAUUAAGUCAACAUGCUAGGAAAAUAAUAGACAAUCAAGCAAA